AUCCAGAAGAGGCAGAUGAUAGUGUCAAAAAAGAAAUUCAAGAAGGUGCGAAUGAAUGUAUAAAGCUAGUUAGUAUAAUUGAAAAAUUUAUCACUACUAGAAAAAAUGAUUCGAUAGCACAAUCUAAAAUAGACAAAUAUUUUAAUAUUAAUGUUGAUGGAACAGAAAAGUUACAAUCGCUGGAUGAUCUGGAUGAUUUGAU